GCCACUAUGAUUAUCGCUUGGUUCCGUGGCUCCAGACUCGUCGACUCUGACAGAUGUGGCGAAGAUAUUCCUACUACCUGAAUAGAUUAAACGACAUUCAUGAUUCAUCUGUCCAAUGCUAGAUGAUCGGGUGGUGUCUGAUGUAACUGAUGUAACUGUGGAGUGCUACUAUAGCUAAGUCGUAACAUAACCCGUCUCUGCGUCGUCCAUGCUCUGACACGCGCAUCUCCCCUCCCACCGGAGUACGCGAUAAUCAAUAUCCUCUGUUGGAGAUGUUCAUCAAAUCCCUCCUUUUUACCGGUGCCAUUGCAGCGGCAGUGGCAGCAGUCGACAUACCACUGCCGUCGCUCCUCGUCCCCCAGUGUCCUGGACAGGGUACUGCGGUCGUCGAUCGCACAGCGCCUGACAGGACAGCCUUUCCCUUGACCACCGUCUCGCUGUGCUACACGCAGACGACUCUUCAGCUCAAUUUUACCGCGUUCCAGGAGACCAACUUCUACUACAACGCAAGCCAGGGCACCAAUGGCGACAUCUACAACUACGAAGUGAUGGAAGCCUUCAUCUACCACGGCCGCAACGACCCGCAGACCUACCUCGAGUUCGAAGUCAAUCCCAACAACGUUACCUACCAGGCUGUCGUCUACAACCCGACCAAGGUGCGCGCUGCGAACGCUCCGUUCGAUCACUUCUUCGUGACCGAUCCGUCGACGGACGGCUUCUCGGCCAGCACGACCCUGGACAAGGCCGCGCAGACGUGGAGGUCAUCUGUGCAGAUUCCGUUGGCGCUCUUCAAUCUGGAUGGCCAUGUACAGGGCUCGCAGUGGCGCAUGAACUUCUUCCGGACCAUCACCUCGCCCAGUAUGUAUCCCAAUCAGACUCUGGGUGCCUGGAGCCCGCCGAACCAGCCGAGCUUCCAUAUCACGCCUUACUUUGGCCAUGUUGCUUUUACUUAGUGCAGGGGCAAGCCAUGCCUCCGAGGGUCUCAUGCGUCACGACGGCUUCAGCAUCCUUCAGCAUCCUUCUGUAUCGCAUCAGCGUCCUCAAUGGGCAUUUCUCCGUCUAUCAUCGUUCCUACCAUGCUCUACAUGUCAUUUUACUCGCGGAAUGCAUUUCUUAUUCAAAUGACACGAUUGAGUCCGUGCCGCGUGCCUUCCCCUGAUGUUUCGUAGCAAAGGAAGGAGCUGAUGUCCGAUUAUUAUAGCCUUUGGCCUCCUGUAAAUAAGGCAUUGGGUCUUGAUGGCUUGCUCGUCUUCUUUCUUCGCCGAUCACGUUGCCUGUGUCUGAGAACAGCCCCAAAUGAUA